GUCGCUUCCUGCCACGUGCUGAAUGCGGCUAUUGCUCGUUGUAAUCUGCCGAAAAUCUACGACUGGGGCACAAAGACUGUCUACUUCCAACCUCAGUCGAAAGGAGCUAACGACGAAAAGGCAUUUGUUGGCUACAUCUAUUUUGUGCCACCUACGUUGGACCCGCAAAGGCUGGACAUAGGAAGUAUCUACGAAUGGUAUAAGAAUCCAAUGCCGAGCUAUCUGAUGCCCUUAACGUGGUAUCCGCGAAAUUUCACCAAUCCUGAACUGUUUAACAAUUUGAAUCAAAUUGGCACGAGGAUUUCUGACGAUGCGCUUUAUGGAGUCCAACUUGGACUGUAUGUGAUCGGAUACAGGGAAUACAAGGAUGAUGAGAUCAAAAAAUUCCGCCCCGAACAUCGCACUCUGGCACGCUUAGCGACGUAUACAAAUCGCAACGGUUACGAGUAUCGAUGGAAACCGCAAGAGGAAGUUAUCAAUCUCAACCAGGUCCAACAGUGGUAUCUGACCGAUUGGGAGCGUUGGAACACUCUCUACACAUACCGUGUUGGGUACCUGAAGCUGGCUCCGAUGCGACCAAACGAUCUCAAUGGAACGGAGUUGCUGUCAGGACUAGUGACUGCCCCGAUUUCACUGCAUUGGCUUUGGUCUCCCGAGGACAACCGCUUUGGUCAGACUUCUUUCUCACAACAGGAACGAGACGAAAGGACAGAAUUUGUCUCUCAAAAGUCGAAGGAGAUGUGUCACGACUGGUUCGACGAAGAUGGAGCUUUGUUCAACUUUAUACGGGACACUGAAACGAAUUCUAGUUGUCCGUGCAUUGAGACACAAGCCCGACUGGAUCUCGGACGCUUCAUGCCUCAUCCACGUUGCUCACAGACAUUCCGUGAUAUCACAUGCACGACCGUGAUUGGCUCAAAGAAUUGCUACAUGUCUGCUCAAAACAUCUACGGCUCAUACGCUGGCAAGGGAAAUACCUUCGACAAUAUGGAUACCUCAAUGAGGGUUUGGAAAGAUUCCGAACAAUUAGGCACAUUGGCCCGUAUUAUGGAGCUUUAA